AUUAUAUUAUCAUAUUAUUUUCUCAGGGCUGCGAUAAUACGAUUUAUACUAUUUUAUUACAUAGUAAAAUGUAAUAUUUGUCAUAACGUAUAAUUCAAAACUAAUCAACCAUUUACUUUUGUGACUGUUAAAUAUUGAUUGCUGUAGUAAAUACUAACCAGUAUUUCAAAGUUGAUGGUGAGAUAUUUAUUAAAUUCAAAAAUAUAAUAAAAGUAUCAAUAAUGUUCGCUGACACUUUGUCCAAGGUUCUUCCCUGCAGAAGUACUUACUUGAUUUUUUCUCGACUUAAACACGUACAAGCAGCUCGUUAUAAACGAUCAAUUAAAGGUAACAAACCAUUGACUUAUGAAAUGGCUGGGCCUCCUCAUACUAUUGCUCACAUCAAGGGUUGGAAUUCAUGGAAUACUUGUAACAUGCUGGAUGGUUUACGACCAGCUGAAACUGCAAUAGAUGAUGAGUUUAUUCGGCGUUUCAUUAUAGGUACUUGGCACGAUUUGAUUGCCAGUGAAAUAAUCAUUAAAAGACAACACAAUAUUAUAAGGAUUGCUGCCAUUACUGUUCAAAAAAUUAGUGUUACUAAAAUGUAUUUCCUAAUUGGUUAUACAGAAGAACUUUUAAGUUAUUGGUUACAAUGUCCUAUUAAAUUAGAACUACAGACGGUUGAAGAUCGUUCUGCAGUCGUAUUUAAAUACAUUUAAAUAUAUGUAUCUUAGGAAAUAAAUAAUUUCUUUGAUUA